AUGUCCUACGGCAAAUCCCUUGCGCUGAGCCAGGAUUCCUUCGUCCAGCCUCCGGACCAGGACGAUGGCGCGCGCGACAUUCAAGACGAGCCUUUGCUCAGGCGACAAAAACGUCAAGCAACUGUCUACGAUGCUGUAGCUGGUCGUGUGAAUGCACAUGGUUUCCUCCCAUCGGUCUCGUAUGCCUCGAAACACCGCGACACAGCAUCCUCCAGCGCUCGUCCCGUUCGUCCCGAGGAGGUACUCUUCCGCCGUCAGAAUGCGCCAGUACGAUACGAAGAAAAUGACUUUUACUUCGCAAACGAGUCCCUCCCUGCUGACCGCCCUCUUCCGAGCUCUGAGCUGCUAGAAGCUAUUCACGCCUACACGGCCGAUUUCUAUGAUCAUGCAACGAUCGAUCGUGGUCAAGACGACUACCAAAGCAUGGACGAGACAGCUCUGAUUGCAAUGGGAAUACUGAUGGAGGAAAUGGCGCGAGAGGCUCUGGGUGAAACCGGAGACUUGGUUCUGGUGGAGGGAGAGGAACUCUCGACGGAUGAUGAUCACCUGUCGUCGAGACUUGGAAGUCGCCGCGUAGGUCGGAAACGGGCCAAUACCAGCCAGAGUAUGAUUUUGGCAAGCUCUGGCAAUGAUCUGGAUAGCGUUGUGAGAAAGCGACGGUCGAAGAAGCGCAAGUUGACCCGGAGGGCGUCGACUACCGAUUUUGAUACAGAAGCAGAUGAGAGGUUGUGA